AACAGCUAAACACGGCCGUUUAAUUCGAUCUCGGACUAUAAAUACUGGUCCCUAAUUUUACUCCCAUCUCGUUGUGAAGGACAGCUCCCAUCGCAGGAAGAAAAACACAGAUCUGUUUGCUCCAUUUCCCCAAAUCGCUUCUUUCCUCAGCAGGUAGAAAAAUGGGGCUGUCUUUCACCAAGCUUUUCAGCCGGCUGUUUGCGAAGAAAGAGAUGCGUAUACUGAUGGUGGGUCUUGAUGCCGCUGGUAAGACUACCAUUUUGUACAAGCUCAAGCUGGGAGAGAUUGUGACUACAAUUCCCACAAUUGGAUUUAAUGUGGAGACUGUGGAGUAUAAGAACAUUAGCUUUACUGUAUGGGAUGUUGGUGGCCAGGACAAGAUCCGACCAUUGUGGAGACAUUACUUCCAGAAUACGCAAGGACUUAUCUUUGUGGUUGAUAGCAAUGACCGAGACCGUGUGGUUGAAGCUAGGGAUGAACUGCACAGAAUGUUGAAUGAGGAUGAGUUGCGGGAAGCUGUGCUGCUAGUGUUUGCAAACAAGCAAGAUCUUCCCAACGCAAUGAAUGCUGCUGAGAUCACGGACAAGCUUGGGCUUCACUCUCUCCGCCAACGCCACUGGUAUAUCCAAAGCACUUGUGCCACUUCUGGUGAAGGGCUGUAUGAGGGACUGGACUGGCUCUCGAACAACAUUGCGAAUAAGGUGAUGUACCUUUUUUUUUUUUUUUAAAAACAUACUCUGCAGUGCUCGAGGGAUUUGUUUGAACCGAAGGAUUUUGUGAGGGGCAAAAUGAAAAGAAAAUAAGGAGACUAAUCCUUAUAAUUUGCAUUGGUUAUGUUGCCAUUUUUCCCAGUGUUUCCAAUGAUCAUAUAUUUUUUUAUUUUUUGGUAAUUGCAGGCAUAGAGGAUGGCUUCAUUUUCUGGGUUCCUGGGUUUCGGAGAUAGAUACUUUGGUUCUUUCUUCGGUGUUGCGGAUGUUUUACACUGUUAAUUAAUGGUGUUUACUUGUUUACAUUCUGUGAUUUCUGUUGUAGACAUUCUCAUUUCUGUUCUGUAGCUUGAUAAUAAUUCAUAUAUAUAUAUUUUUUAACCA